AUGAAAAACGCGACGCCGAACGUCAACAAACUAAAAUGGAAGCAACAAAUCAAGUGGAAGGGCUGCGACGAUUCCGGAAACUCCUGGGAACCGGAGGAAAAUCUCAACUGCCAGAAUCUUCUGGAGAAAAUUGAGCGCGAGGAAGGCGGGAGAGAACACGUGGAGGUAGUUACGUUUGGACUUUAUGGAGGGAAGCAGUUGGUCGGCGCACAGGGUCAGCGGAAUAGACGGUUUGAGGUUCGCCUGGAAGGGCCAGCGGCAUCGUUGGCGGAUUUUCUCCGGAAGAGCCAACGGGAAGGACAGAACAGGGAUGAAUUGGCCUUUAUGAAGCGGUUAUCUUCAGCUUACCUGAAUACUAUUCCUAUUUAUGAUACGGCUCUUGUAGCUUCGGAGCACGUUCUGAACGAUCCUGGACUGAAACAGUUCCACCUCAUCGACUCCCUUCCAGUGAACCAGGAACAGCCGUUCGCCGUCCUCUUCGGUCACUCCUUCCAACUUCUCCGCCACUUGUCCUUUUCGAAUCCGUUUUUGGCCUUUGUGCGUUAA